UCUUGUCAUACAAGGUGGGACGUUCAUCUUCUUUUAUUGAUAAAUCCCGAUGAUCCAUAUUUUCUUGGGGUUCGUUUGCACAUCAUGCUAACGGAGGACGAGAGGGUAGCCUCCCUCCGCCUUCGGAUGGGGGGACGGGUCCUGACUGUUGUUUGUGCCUAUGCACCAAACAGCAGUUCAGAGUACCCACCCUUUUUGGAGUCCUUGGAGGGGGUGCUGGAGAGCGCUCCCACUUGGGACUCCAUCGUUCUGCUGGGGGACUUCGAUGCUCACGUGGGCAAUGACAGUGAGACCUGGAAGGGCGUGAUUGGGAGGAACCCGAGCGGUGUUCUGUUAUUGGCACACGUGCACUUGGCACCAGGACACCCGAGGUCGCAGUUCGAUGAUCGACUUUGUGGUCGUGUCAUCGGACUUGCGGCCGCAUGUCUUGGACACUCGGGUGAAGAGAGGGGCGGAGCCGUCAACCGAUCACCACCUGGUGGAGAGUUGGCUCCGAUGGUGGGGGAAGAUGCCGGUCUGACCUGGCAGGCCCAAACGUAUUGUGAGGGUCUGCUGGGAACAUCUGGCAGAAUCCCCUGUCAGAAGGAGAUUCAACUCCCACCUCCGACAGAACUUUGCUCACGUUCCGUGGGAGGCGGGGGGCAUUGAGUCAGAGUGGACCGCGGGGACCGACCGGAGCUGUGGCCGUAAGGUGGUCGGUGCCUGUCGUGGCAACAAUCCCCGAACCCGUUGGUGGACACCAACGGUGAGGGAUGCCAUCAAGCUGAAGAAGGAGUCCUAUCAGGCUUUUUUGGCCGGUGGGACUCCUGAGGCAGCUGAUGGGUACCGGCUGGCCAAGCGGAAUGCGGCUUUGGUGGUCGCAGAAGCAAAGACUCGGGCAUGGGAGGAGUUUGGUGAGGCCUUGGAAAAAGACUUCCGGACGGCUUCGAGGAAAUUCUGGUCCACCAUCCGGCGUCUCAGGAUGGUGGACCCCCUUCUUAAAAAGGAGGGUGUGUUCCAGCGACAGGGGGAUCACACUCCUCAGCCUCCCUGGUAAGGUCUAUUCAGGGGUGCUGGAAGGUCCGUCGGGAAGUCGAAUCUCAGAUUCAGGAGGAGCAGUGUGGUUUUCGUCUUGGCCUUGGAACAGUGGACCAGCUCUCCACCCUUGGCAGGGUCCUCGAGGCUACAUGGGAGUUCGCACAACCAGUCUACAUGUGUUUUGUGGACUUGGGGAAGGCUUUCGACCGUGUCACUAGGGGAGUCCUGUUCGGUCCCUGUACGAUCGGUGUCAGAGUUUGGUCCCCAUUGAUGGCAGUCAGUCGGACUUGUUCCCGGUGAGGGUUGGACUCCGCCAAGGCUGCCCUGUGUCACCGAUUCUGUUCAUAAUUUUUAUGGACAGAAUUUCUAGGCGCAGCCGAGGCAUAGAGGGGGUCCGGUUUGAUGGCCUCAGUAUUGCCUCUCUGCCUUUUGCAGAUGAUGUGGUUCUGAUGGCUUUAUCAAGCCGUGAUCUCCAACUCUCACUGGAGCGGUUCGCAGCCGAGUGUGAAGCGGCUGGGAUGAGAAUCAGCACCUCAAAAUCUGACACCAUGGUCCUCAGUCGGAAAAGGGUGGCGUGCCCUCUCCAGAUCGGGGAUGAGAUCCUGCCCCAAGUGAAGGAGUUCAAGUAUCUUGGGGUCUUCUUCAUGAGUGAGGGAAGAAUGGAACGAGAGGUCGACAGGCGGAUCGGUGCAGCCUCUGCAGUGAUGCAGACUUUAUAUCGGUCCGUUGUGGUGAAGGAGGCGCUAAGCUGAAAGGCGAAGCUCUGAAUUUACGAUCUACGUUCCUACCCUCACCUAUGGUCACGAGCUGCGGGUCGUGACCGAAAGAACGAGAUCCCGCAUACGAGCGGCCGAGAUGACUUUCCUCCGCAGGGUGUCCGGGCUCUCCCUUAGAGAACGGGCGAGAAGCUCGGUCAUCCGGCAGAUCUCAGAGCCGCUGCUCCUCCACUUCGAGAUGAGCCAGAUGAGGUGGCCGGGGCAUCUGAUUCGGAUGCCUCCCGGACGCCUCCCCGGUGAGGUGUUCCGGGCUCGUCCCACUGGGAGGAGACCCCGGGGACGACCCAGGACAGGCCGGAGAGACUACGCUUUCGGCUGGCCCGGGAGCGCCUCGGGAUCCCCCCGGAAGAGCUGGAUGAAGUGGCUGGGGAGAGGGAAUUCUGAGCGUCCCUGCUAAAGCUACUGCCCCCGCGACCCGACCUCGGAUAAGCGUUCACAAGAAGCCGCUGCAAGAGGUGGAAAUCGCUGCCAUUUCCCACGGUGCCUUGCUCGGACUGGCUUACCUGCAUUGCCACAACAUGAUUCACAGAGACGUGAAGGCGGGCAACAUCCUGCUGACGGAGGCGGGCCACGUCAAACUGGCCGACUUUGGCUCCGCCUCCAUCGCCUCGCCCGCCAACUCCUUCGUGGGGACGCCGUACUGGAUGGCGCCCGAAGUGAUCCUGGCCAUGGACGAGGGCCAGUACGAAGGCAAAGUGGACGUGUGGUCGCUGGGCAUCACCUGCAUCGAGUUGGCCGAACGCAAGCCGCCGCUGUUCAACAUGAACGCCAUGAGUGCCUUAUAUCACAUCGCGCAGAACGACUCGCCCGCCCUGCAGGCCAGCGACUGGUCUGACCCUUUCCGGAGCUUUGUGGACUACUGCCUACUGAAAAUUCCUCAGGACCGGCCCUCGUCGGGGGAGCUGCUACGACACGACUUUGUGCGACGGGAGCGGUCGCCCAGGAUCCUCCUGGACCUGAUCCAGAGGACCAAGGACGCCGUGCGCGAACUGGACAACCUGCAGUACCGCAAGAUGAAGAAGAUCCUCUACCAGGAGAAGCACAACGGACCAAUGGGGGAGAGCCAGGAGGAGGAGGAGGACAGCGAGGCGGCCAGCUGCAAGAUGAACAGCCUGGGCAGCGACCGCUCCGUGCCCAGCGCCUCGCUCAGCACGGGCAGCCGCGGCAGCAGCGUCAACAGCCUGCAGGAGGUUCCGGACGACGCGACCGCCGCGCAGCCGCGGGACUACGGCGGCACCCCGGACUCGUCCGCGCACACCCACAAGGAGCGGCAGUACAACUGGGACGACGCCGGCAUUCAACGCAAGAGCAGCCAGGCCCGGAACUACAAGAACCAGACCUGCUUUGCCACCAUCAAGUCUGCGUCCUUGGUGACCAAGCAGAUCCACGAGCACGAGCAGGAUAGCGAGCUCCGCGAGCAGAUGUCGGGCUACAAGCGCAUGCGGAGGCAACACCAGAAGCAGCUGAUCGCCCUGGAGAACAAACUCAAGGCCGAGAUGGACGAGCAUCGCCUCAAACUGCACAAGGAGGUCGAGACCCAGGCCAACAACGCCUUCAUCGAGCUGGAGAAGCUGGCCAAGAGGCACGCCGCGCACGCCGACAAGGAGGCGAAGGCGACACUGGCGGACGAGAAGAAGUUCCAGCAGCAGAUGUUGGCGCAGCAGAAAAAGGAGCUCGGCACAUUCCUGGACACGCAGAAGAAGCAGUACAAACUCUGCAAGGAGAAGAUCAAAGAGGAGAUGAGCGAGGACCGCAGCACGCCCAAGAAGGAGAAGCAGGAGCGCCUGUCCAAGCACAAGGAGAACAUGCAGCACUCGCAGGCCGAGGAGGAGGCCGACCUGCUGGCCCGCCAGCGCCUUCGCCUGGAGCGCCACGCCCGCGCCUUCAAGCGCGGCGCCCUGGUCGCCAGGCACCGCCUGGAGCAGGAGCACGCGCGAGAGGAGCUGAACAAGAAGAAGAGCCACAAGGAGGCGGAGCACGCCGCGCUGAUCCGCCACGACGAGUCCACGCGGGAGCUGGAGGGCCGGCAGCUGCGCAGCCUCCAGAAGCUGCGCGUGGACCUGAUCCGCCUGCAGCACCAGACGGAACUGGACAACCAGAUGGAGUACAACGCCCGGCGCCAGAGGGAGCUGCGCCGCAAGCACGUGCUGCAGCUCCGCCAGCAGCCCAAGAACAUCAAGGCGCUGGAGCUGCAGAUCAAGAAGCAGUUCCAGGACACGUGCAAGGUGCAGAGCAAGCAGCACAAGGCGCUGCGCCACCACCAGCUGGAGGUGACGCCCAAGGGCGAGCACAAGGGCGCGCUCAAGGCGCUGAAGGACGAGCACACGCGCAAGCUGGCCGUCCUGGCCGAGCGCUACGAGCAGAGCAUCAACCGCAUGAUGGCCGAGCAGGCGCUGCGUCUGGACUCGUCGCAGGAGUCGGCGUGCCAGGCGCUGCUGGAGCAGCUGCGGCAGGAGCUGGAGCUGCUCAACGCCUACCAGAGCAAAAUCAAGAUGCAGACGGACGCGCAGCACCAGCGCGAGCUGCAAAAGCUCCGGCAGAAGGUCGCGCUCAGACGCGCGCACCUCCAGCGCAAGAUGGAAGAGGAGCUGCUGUCGCUGCAGAAGGAUCGCACGGAGCGCAUCAAACAUCUGCUGGAGCGUCACGAACGCGAGCUGGACGCCUUCGACGCGGAGAGCGCGCGCCUGGGCUCGGGGGACUCGGCCGCCGCCGCCGCCGCCGCCAAGGACGACGACUACAGAUGAGGUCGGGCACCUUUUCGCUUUCUUCUUCUUCUUCUUCUCGGGACCAACACGUGAGAAGGCGUGUCCGGAAAACGAGACGAGCGUUUCGCAGCCAUCGUGACUAAUACGAAUUGUUAUUCGUUCUGAAUCGUGCUAAUAAUGAUCACGCUAACAGGAAGGUGUGCUGCGGGUUGAAGCACAAAGGGCUCGUUGCCGGCGACUUUGUAGCGAAGGAUUUCUGGAGAGCUUUUCCCUAUUUUCGUAUUCAAUUUUCACUCGGAGCAGAUUUCUUCUCCGAUCCGUGUUGCGAUUCCGGCGUUUUCUCGCGACGAUUGCGUGCACUUUAAUCACGGCGUCCGCCAUCAAACGAGCGCUGCCGGCGUUGACGAGCUUUUAAUUGUAUUUGGAAAUAAAGUGCUGCUGCUGACACAACACGCACGCACGUCUUCUUGUGCGUUCAUUGCACACACACACACACACACACACACGUUUUGUCUUUUUGUAAAAAUAUUUUUGAAGAAAUAAAUAAAACACUUUUGGGUUUUUUGUUAACAUUUUCUUGUUAAAUAUUUAACCAAAUGUGACUUAAAUGUUUUUGUGUAUCAGAUACUAAAUAGCCGCCAACCUUUUGUGAUUGUUUUUCUUUUGACUUUUUGGUGACAUUAAAAUGCCUUUUUGUCAACUUUUCACUAUUUUUCAUUCUAAAUUGUCGCCAACUUGGUGUUUACUUUUAAUGAAGUACUAAUAAGUUACUUUACUUUUUUAAAUGCAAACUUGUCUAGAAAAUAUCAGCAACCUUUUAAAUGGAUCUUCAUUUUCAACAAUUUGUCAGCUACAUUCCACAUUUUAAUGGAUUAAAAACAUUUUCUUGCCAGCUUCA